GAUCAUCGGGUGAAGUUGUGUAUAGUAAGUGGGAUACGACCGGCUCUCUCGUUGUUUUCUGUUCACAGAACCGCGCGCGCGUUUUUGCCGUUCAGUUGGAUCUUAUUUCAGUAGCUUACACGUUGACCGGAGUUCCUCUCGACGCGCUAGAAGCUCCCAUCCGGUGGUGUUAUGUUUUAGUAGAAAAGUGUGUUUCAUCAAGAAACAGAAGGGAACAUAUUGUAAAUUUUUCAGGAGUAUAGAACGUGGAUUACAUUAGAAGUAUUUUGAUUCGUCAUUUGUUGUUGACAACAUUCUCUUCAUAGCCAACAGCGGAAGCAACGAGUUAUCGCCAUCAAUCCUGAUUAGAGAAACGUAACGUGAAUUCGUGUACUGCUUGCUGCUCUGAUCUAACAAUAAUCGAAUUCGGAUGGUCGUAAGCGUAUGAUUGAUCACAGUGCAACGCAAUUGUUACCACCAUAAAUAGCAUCAUCGACGAACAUUGAAACGAGGACCGCCUUCCCGCGAGAUGGGAUGCGACUGUGAAUCAUGCAUAGCGAAAUCGCUACUGUCAGUGUUCAACUUUGUGUUCUUCGUGCUCGGCUCGAUCGUUCUAGGCGUAGGAGUAUGGCUUGCGGUAGACAAAUCAUCGUUCAUAGCGCUAUUGAAAAUGGUUGAGAACGAUCAGCUGGAGCACUUCUCACAGCCCGCGGUUAUAGAGCAGUUGGCGUACUUCCUGAUAGCUAUUGGUGCUGUUAUGUUUUUCCUAAGUUUUCUCGGAUACUGCGGAGCACUGCGAGAAAGUCAAUGCCUUCUGACCACCUAUGGACUCUUUCUGCUGGUGAUACUGAUUCUAGAAGUCACGGCAUGUGGUUUGGCGGCAGCCUACAAAGAUCGUGCCAAGACGGAGACCAAAAACUACUUGCAAGCGACGAUUUCCAAAUACUACUCGAGCAACGAUCGAAACCAAUCCGACGCAGUCACACUAAUGUGGAACUAUCUGAUGUCCGAAAUGCACUGCUGCGGAGUUGACGACUAUCGGGACUUUAACCUGUCCGAUAAGUGGAAUGAGAGCAAAGGCAAUCGAGUCAUUCCCGAAACAUGCUGUAAGCAAACCGCACUUUUUGAACCCACAGACAAAAACUGUUCCAGCUCGCCAUCGGAUAGUAAUAGUUAUUAUAAACAGGGUUGUUACAACGCACUCAUUGACUGGAUCAUGUACAACCGGAAUCUAGUGAUCGUGGUGGCCAUUGGAGUAGGACUAGUGCAGCUUUUGGCGAUAUUCCUCUCGUUUUGUUUAAGCAAAUCGAUCGAAAAAUACCGAGGAAUGCGGUUGUAGGCUCAAACGACCGGUUGAUGGCAGAAAAAAGGGAGAAACAAUUCGACCGCGAGACUAUAGACCAGAGUCUCACGUACAACCGAAAAUUCAAGAAUCUCGAAUUCGCCACCAGCAAACUGGAGCUGAUAAGAGUAAUGUUCAAAAAUGAUUUUAUAAGCUUCUUAUACGAUAAUGGAUCGGUCGAGAUGAUCGGUUGUGGAAAGUGCACUUAUUUUAGGAAACUAGGAAUAAAAGACAUUAAUCGAAACAUCAAAACAAUCAUACACUAGAGGAGAGUUUUCAAGACUCCACGACGGCUUUGAUUCAGACCGAAAAAAAAAUUGUUCGUCGAUGUCGUACAAAACAGUCUGUAAAUUAUGACAAAUCAGAUUUUUACAUCACACUUUAGUGGAUAACUUAUUUUAAGUUGUGAAACAUGGAAUCGAAUAUCUGUUUUUUAAUUGAUUUUAUAUUAACGAUAGCCAAUUGUUUUUGUUUGACUGUUGAGAGAAUAAAUUCGAUAAAGUGAUAUAAACAAAUAA